GAAACGGGCCCUCAGAUGCUUAAGGCCGCCACUGCUAGAAUUCAAAACAUCUUCCACUGUUACGGACCAGUCAGUUAGGAGAUAAUUGAUGUUUUUUUUGUUAGUGGAUUUUUUUUCUAAUAAAUAUCUGACCAUAGAAGACGCAUCUCGCCUGGAUGUAUUAUCGAGUUCUAGUUCAAAGGAGGAUUUAAGUAGACUUCUAGUCUCAACACUUAUCUCAGUGCUAUUGGCUGACAGCCAAUGAGGACAGCCAACUGGCAAUCAGCUGUAACACACACACAAGCACACACACACACGAGCACACACACAAGCACACACACGCACACACACACACACACACGCACACACACACACAUAGUCCCGCCCAUCUACACCUGCUGCCGGGUGGUCUCGUGCGUCCCGCCGGCCAGAGGCACAACCGUCCAGCAUGAGAGAGAAGUGGGCCGUUGCCAGCAGGAUGGAGGAGUCGGACCUGCUGAAAGAGAGACUACAGGCCAUCACUGAGAAGCAUCACAUUCAGGAAGACAUUAGACAGAAGAAACUGGAACUGGACCAAGAAAAACUCAAACUACAGCAUCUAAAGAAAAAGGCUCUGAAAGAGCAGUGGCUGCUACAGGACUCAGCUUCCCACAAUGCAACAGAUUCUCCACGGCAACAGAGCCUAUUGUCUGACCAGCAGCAGACCAGAGCACUGCAGCUCAACAUCCACAGGAUAGAAAUGGAGGUGGAGUCUCUGGAGAGAGAUGAGUCUAUGAUUUCCACCAAUGAGAGCUUCAUCCUCAACAGACUGAAGGCUGUGGAGAAAAGUCCAGAGGACAUUAUCAAGGAGGCCCAGGACAGCUUUGUUCCUGAGCCAUUGCAGGUCACCACAGUGAUCCCUGAUGUCCUAGAAUCCCUCUCUCCGCCAGCCAACAAACACUCUGAACCAAACCCACCAAGAAAGACUCUGUUUGGCAUGGAGAUCAAUGUGACUAAAAACCUGUUGACUGGGGAGAGGACUGUACUUUCUACUGCAACAGUUCCCCUUGAGGAGUUAAACCAACACGCCGGGCUCAAGGUUUAUGACGAUAGCAGGAAGUGUGUUUAUGCCCUGAAUUCACAAGAGGAGUCACAUGACCAGAGCUGUUUGUCUGAGCUGUCAGCCAACGAGGUGGAAAAGUUGCUGAGAAGCGCCACAGUGCAUCACCAAGUAAACCACCAAAACUACCACCAAAAUCACAGCAGAAGGCAGGAGCAUUGUUUUUACGACCACCAAGAUGAAAGAGACAGAGUGGAGGGGUGUGACCUCAGAAACCAGGGAGGACAUUAUGGUAAUCAUCUCCUCAGAAACAACAUAAUGGAGAAAGACUUUAGCUGUAGGGAAAACUGGCAGAGAAAACCAGGGGUAGAGCAUCGCUAUGGUCACCAGGAAAGCCAUUAUAGAAGGCAGGAAGAGAGAAAGAACCACAGCAACCUGAGCGAAGGUCAUCGCCUUGGAAACCACAAGGGGUUGGGACAUCACUAUGGUAACCAUAAAGAUAGUCACUACAGUUCCUACCAGGUGAGAAACUGUCACAGUGUUCGGGAAGAUCAGCCUGCGAGCCACCACGCCAACAGCAUCAUCAGAAGCAAUAGUAGGGUCAAUGGAGGCACAGUCAAUGGCUGCACUCCUCUCAGAUUACAUGACCAGGAAGUGUCUGCCUAUCAACCACAGCUCUGCUACACUCCAGCCAAUUAUAUUCCUCUUAAUGAUUACAUCAGUGUGGACGAAAAACUUUAUUGCUACACUCCAACGUCCUAUCACAGCCACGAUAGAAACCCACCCACUGCUUUGUACAGUGGCCCCACCCACUCUGACAGAGUGCCCUCGCCCCUCUACGGAGAUGACACCCCUUUCACUAUCCUCAAGGCAAUGGAGACCACUGAGCCAAUCACAGCCAUCUUCAUGGGCUUCCAGACGGCGCAGGAUAACAGUGGGCAGGGUCAGGAGUUUGAGGGCUCCAUGAAGGCAGAGCUGGUCAUCAUUGAGGACAACGAAGACAACGGUGAUGACAGCAGCAUGACGGAGAAGAAGAGCCAUGCCCAGCUUGGGGCCAAUAGUUACCCGACAGGAAGUUCAGCCAACGGAAACAUGGGACGUGUGGAGGGAGAUGGAGACAGACGGACGGAGAGAUGGGUGGGACCAGGUAUCAGAAAGAUCCGGAAAAAACACAAAUCCUGCUGUACUGUCUGCUAACUGGACUAACUAAUGCAUGCCUGAGUGUAUCAGCCUGCUAACCUAAUGAUUAACUGCAAACAAAUUUAUUUUACAUUUGGUGCUUGAAAAUAACUGACCUGCUAUGACACUCUGAAAACAAGGCUGGAUGUUAGAACACACUGACUGACUCCUCCACUGCAUUUUUAAAACUGAAGAUCUAAAAUCAACAUCAAAGCCCCACUCUAUUCCAUACAUGGAUAAUUAGUUUGUUACCAUUUUGUUAAUGAACUAUUAGAAUUGGGAACAGGUCUAUUAAAUCUUAAGCUUGAUUUAUGGUUGUGCGUUAAAGGGGUUACAGCAUAAGCUAUGCAGUAGAUGACAUCGGGACUCGUGUUGACUCCUUGCAUCAAGCAUAAUUCCAGCCUUACCCAUCCUGGAAGCUCCACUAAUCAAUAUGUUUAUAUUAAAUGAAUCAAAUGGCUAAACGUAAUUAGCGAUUAACCCACGAUGAAUUAUCAACAAUUCUGUGGCUCAACCUAACUGUAUGGUUAAGUCUCAACACUCUCAUCAGCAGGCAGCUCUUUUCGGCAAGAAACCUCUGAUAAACCCACUAUACCAUACCCGCUCAGCACCAAACAGCGGACAACCAAAGUUAGUGAAAAAGAUCCAGAUAUUUUUCUCAGGAGUUGGUGGAGACCAUAAAAGAGCUAAAAGGAGACUGAAUAUUAGGCUUACAUUGAUCAGGUGGACAGAAUCACUACUCCAAAGAAAUGCUUGUUUUGCUCUCUGUCUACUGAAUGUGAAAAUACGCAAUUAUUUGCUAAUAUAUUGGCCUUAACAACUUUGUAAGGUUAUAAUAUGCCCCCAGGUGGCCAAAACAAUCUAUUAAUGCAGCUAAAAAGCAAUACUCCCCAAAUAUGUAUUAUUGGGAUAUCAAAUGUUCACCCCCUGUACACCUGAAAGAUGGCACUAAAAAGGUUGUACUUUCAUCCUCAUCCAAGGGAACAUUUACUAUGGUCACCUUGAAUUCAGUAAGUAACAGUGAAUUUGAAUUGUGAACAGAAAAAAAUAUUAACAAAAACCACCUGCAGCAUAAUGCAAUUCUCUGCUGUCUAAAUAAAUAUAUAUUCUCAAAUAAUACAUAUUAUACUUUAAAUGAAUAAAUGCAUAUGUACAGUGCAAUAGGACCAUUACUAACUAUAUACAGAAAUUGUCUUAAGUGAUUGUGCAACACAACAAUGAGACGGAUCUGUGUAAAUGUUCAAAACAUACAGUAGAGUUAUUAAACUUGUGCACUGGGUUAGAGUCCAGUGAACUGCUCUCCUGUGGCUCCCUCUGCUGGUGUAAAAGUGUUUUGGUGACCUAGUUCAUAAUAAUGAGCAGCUAUAUGACUCAGAGUGGCAGCAAUGCUGGACCUAGAGAUAAUGAAAAACUCUAUAUUUCAGCUUAAACUAUACAGAAUGUCAAUGAUGACCUCAACAGUGUUUUUUAAAACAGGUGCUUUUGUAGUAUUGUAUAGAGCUGUAUACUGUAGUACAGUGGUUUCCAAAGUAUGUUUCAGAAACACAUAUUGGUACCCAGAAACAUUAAAGCAAAUUCAAUUAUUUCACCUGACUAAUACUGCUAGUUGUUAGCCGAAUAAGAUAAUCAAAUUGGUAUAAAAAUUGAGAUCUUCAUUAAAUGGGUUCUGAGAUACAAUGCAGGUUUCAUCUUGGUUUCUCUAAAUAAAAACCUUGGAUCAACACCGUGUCAAUGAAAACCAGUAAUUAUGUUAUGUGACACAAUGUAACACUUGUAAAAACAUAAAAAUGUACAGUAAAACUUGACACAUGGGGGAAAAGGCAAGGCACCCUUAAUUAUUUACAGAUUCAAAAUAUCUUACUCUAUCAGAAUUAUAUUAGAAAGCGUAUGAUCAAAGACAGAGUUUUUGUAAAGAACUUCAUGUUUUAUUUGUUUAGUUUCGACAUUAGCUUUUUUUCCCAACUGCUGAUGCUUUUCACAUUUUUAUACUAAAUACAAGUGUUUGAACUGUGCAUACUGUAUGUUUGUCUACAGUGUGUCAGAUGAUGAGCGUGUGUAAUGAUGACACUAAUAAACCUUUGUUACUGAUUGA